GUGCCACGCUCCAACGCACCAAAAGCCAGACGCCUGCCCUAGCCUCGCGAUUUCCUUCUCCUCGCGAUUUCUUCUCCAGCGCCGCCUCCUCCCACCGUCGACUCCUCCGCAGCCAAAGCCUUCGUCGCCUGCGGCCUCCCUCCGAAGCCGCGUCCCUCCCGCGACCUCCCUCCAGCGCCGAAGCCCUAUCCCCGUCGCCUCCCUCCAGCGCCGAAGCCCUAGCCCCGUCGCCUCCCUCCAUCUGUUUGUGCUGCAAAAUCUGCUUUGGAAACGUUGGCCUGAUAUUUACAAAGGAAGAUCUCAAGGAAGUCAGUGAAGAGGUUGCCAAGUACAAGGUGGGAGCUCCUGCUCGUGUUGGACUUGUAGCACCAAUUGAUGUUAUUGUUGGCCUUAUAUUUACAAAGGGAGAUCUCAAGGAAGUCAGUGAAGAGGUUGCCAAGUACAAGCCGGCUCAAAGUAAUUAUUAUGGAGGGUGAAUCUACGAGUUGUCGUCAUUUGAAUUUUAACGAAAAUGAAGCUAGUCGGGAAGGGGACUUUGAUGUUAUUGAUGAAGGCUUAAACAUUGAAACAGAUUUGGAUAUACCACAAAUGGGGUUGGAAUUUGAUACAGAAGAAGAUGCAUAUCAAUUUUAUUUGUCAUAUGCUAAAAAAGUGGGAUUUGGCAUAAGGAGAGUGACGGAGUAGUGGCAGCACCUGGCUGGAAUAGUAGCAACAGGCUUUUGGACGACUCUGCUUUCCGUGAAUGUGCAGCAGUAAAGAAGUCUUUCCUUUCUUCUAGUGCCUAAUUAGCACGUUUUGGUGAAUCACAUCAGGUGUAUUGAGAUGGAAUCCAGUUCCAAAGCUGAGGAAGAUAUCGGCUAUAGCAGCAUAACAACCAAGAAAGCCCAACUUCAAUCUAUGCUUUCAACUCUCCUGGAUGAUCCAAUUCUGGCAGAUGUUUCGAAGAAACCUACCCUUGUAGAUGUUGACACCUUGAUAAACUUGGAGCUAGGCAGUGCAAUGAAGAUAACUAUAGUUAAGAUGGACAAUACCUCAUUCGAUGUUGCUGUGCUGAACUCUGCUACCGUUAAGGAUUUGAAAUUAGCAAUCAAGAAGAAAAUAAAUGAGAUGGAGCAAACAACAAUGGGUCAUCGCCACAUUUCAUGGAGGCAUGUCUGGGCUAACUUUUGUCUUUCUCAUCAAAAUGAAAAGCUGGUUGAUGACAAUUCUGUGCUUAGUGAAUAUGGCGUAAGCAAUAAUUCCAAGGUACAUUUUUUCCCUUUUGUCGCAUCCAGGGCGACCCAGAAACAUUCUAAGAGAAGGAAACACCGUUUCUUUCAUGGUCUCAGUAAAAGGUUAUAGCUUCGCCACGAGCUCAAAGUUCUGAUACUGUUUUCUCCUUUAUGGUAUUUUGCAGUUUUACUUCACCGAUAAAUUGAUAAUGAUGACAAUUUUAAUGUGGAGAUAUUUGAUUGUGUUGACUGUCAAUUAUUUUAGCGAAUUAAUUAUUAAAAACUUAGUAAUUUUAAUUGAUAUCA